UUGAGGCCUAACAAAGAAAACACUCUUAAAAAAAAAAGACACAGCUAAUUCUUGUUGAUCUCUAAAUUUUAGCUAUGGAAUCCGCAACAGAUAUCAAAUUGCCAACACAAUCACAAGAAGAGCGCGAUUGUACGUAUGCCACGCAGCUACUGUUAUCCUCAGUUCUCCCCUUCGUGUUGCAUUCGUCAAUCCAAUUAGAAGUAUUCGAAAUACUUGCAAAAGAAGCUAAGGCCACUAAACUAUCUGCUGUAGAAAUUGUUUCUCACAUCCCUAACUGUAAGAACCCUGACGCGGCCAUUAUGCUGGACCGGAUGCUUUACGUGUUGGCUAGUUAUUCGUUGCUCGAUUGCGACGUUGUUGAGGAGGAAAAUGGGGUGGCUAAAAGGUGCUAUGGUUUGUCUGGUGUGGGUAAAUUCUUUGUCCGUGAUGAAGAUGGUGCGUCCAUGGGGCCAUUGUUGGCUUUGCUUCAAGAUAAAGUAUUCAUUAAUAGCUGGUUUGAACUAAAAGAUGCAGUACUUGAAGGAGGAGUUCCAUUUGACAGGGUUCAUGGGGUACAUAUAUUUGAAUAUCCAAGAUUGGACCCAAAGUUCAAUGAUGUUUACACCAAGGCAAUGCUCAACCACACAACUGUAGUCAUGAAAAAAAUACUUGAAAAUUACAAAGGUUUUGAAGGCCUUAAAAGUUUGGUUGAUGUUGGAGGUGGUCUUGGAGUUAACCUCAAGAUGAUUACAUCUAAAUACCCCACAAUUAAGGGCAUUAAUUUUGAUUUGCCCCAUGUUGUUCAAGAUGCACCUUCCUAUCCUGGGGUGGAACACGUUGUGGGAGAUAUGUUUGAAAGUGUUCCAGAAGGAGAUGCAAUUUUUAUGAAGUGGAUUCUUCAUGACUGGAGUGAUAGUCACUGCCUCAAGUUGCUAAAGAACUGCCACAAGGCUCUACCAGACAACGGAAAGGUGAUCGUUGUGGAGGCCAAUCUACCAGCGAAACCUGAUACUGAUGCCAAAGUUGCCGGUGUUUCGCAAUGUGAUCUGAUCAUGAUGGCUCAAUAUCAGGGAGGCAAAGAGCGUUCUGAAGAGGAGUUUCAGGCAUUGGCAAGUGAAGCCGGAUUCAAAGGCGUUAACUUAAUAUGUUGUGUCUGUAAUUUUAUGGUCAUGGAAUUCUACAAGUAGAUUUCCACAACCUUAUGAAUAUAUAUCCAUUUGUAUGGCUGUCAUCUGGGACUGGAAUUGCCAAUUACUCCCAGAUUGAAAACGUUUGAGAUUGAUUCUUGAUAAUAUUUAUAUUAGUACUUGUUUAUUUCUCUUGUAUGAGAGGAUGUCAUUGUAACUUUUGUCUAAAUUACUUUGAUAUUCCAGUAUUCCUAAUAAGAUUUAUAUACUCCUCCGUUCCAUUUA